CUUUUUACUAAAACAAUCUCCAUCUGUCAAAUCAUCUCCAAGCGGAACAGGGGACCUUCAGCGGGGGCCAGUUUUACUAGCCACAGGCUCUGAAUCCGAGUGGUCAGAUUGCUGAUUUGAGCUUAAGACAACUCCACUACAGUUGCAUUGUAGAACCAACAGCAUAACAUCCUUGGCGCAAGAAUUUUGUUCCUUUGGAUAAAGAAAAGGGCGAUUAAAACAAGACAUGCCUCAUGCGAUUUUCGCCGGUUCGGCUGAAGGGCUCGCUCUCGCGUUGUUUGUUACGACGGUGUUACUGUCGAUAUUAUGUACCAUUGUCGUAUUUUUGAGGGCGUAUAUCCGAACGCGGAACCAAAGCAUUGGUACAGAUGACUACCUGAUGUGCGCUGGCUGGGUAGCCUAUAUGGUGCACAACAUCAUCGUCAUCAUUGGAUGUCGCAGAGGUGUUGGUACUGUUCGGAGAAAACUAGAGACAUCUCAGGUCCAGGGGGGCAUGAAGUAUGUCUUUCUCUGGCAGAUCUUCUACGCAGCGACCCUCGCCUUCGUCAAAUCGAGCAUCUGCGUAACCGUCCUUCGAAUCGUGACCGGUAAAGCCUACGUGCGAGUAUUAUAUGGUCUCAUCCUUCUUUCCGUCUUGAUGAGCUCCGUCGGUGUCCAACGUCAUUACGGACUUUGCCGUUGCGGUUAUACCCGAUGUGUCUCAGCAUCCGUUGCGAGUAUCGUCUGCGUCCCAUAUUCGAGUGCCUACCUCACCCCCGAGCACUUCAUUUACCAAGUCGGGAACAUCAUUCUCUGGACAGUAGUUGAAUGCGGCGUCGGCAUAGUCGCGGGUUCACUCCCAUCAUUACGAGCAUUCUUCAAGAGCCUUGCUCGAGACGAGUACGAACGACUACAGCAAUUCCCAUAG